GUUUAGGGGACGAAGCGUUUUGUUUUGUUCGUUACUUCGAUUUCGAACCAACAAGUUUCGAUAAUCCUCUCCUGUCGGACUUUCAGAAUCCCUUCAUCAGAUCUCUCGGAAUCGAAUCACAGAAGCGAUCUUUCAGAAACUCUUCGAUCUAUCGAUAAUGGAUGUGUACUGUUCCGAUUGCAAGAAAAACACAGAGGUGGUUUUCGAUCAUUCCGCCGGCGACACCGUUUGUUCUGAAUGUGGUCUCGUUCUUGAAGCCCACUCUAUCGAUGAGACCUCCGAGUGGAGAACCUUCGCUAACGAGUCCGGAGACAACGAUCCUGUCCGUGUCGGUGGUCCUUCUAAUCCUCUCCUCACCGACGGUGGCCUUUCUACCGUCAUCUCUAAGCCUAACGGCGCUUCCGGUGACUUCCUCUCUUCUUCUCUCGGACGCUGGCAGAAUCGAGGUUCGAAUCCUGAUCGAUCGCUCAUACUCGCCUUCAAAACCAUUGCUACCAUGUCCGACAGGCUGGGCCUCGUGGCAACAAUUAAG